UUGAAAGACCACGGAAUUAUAAUUGAUGACAGCAAAACCAGUCUUUACAAAACCGAUUCUACUAAAUCCCAAACUUUUAAAGUCGAAACCCAAGCGGUAUUAAGCAAAGCGAAUUAUGAAAAACUAAAUAAAAAUUUUAGCGAUGCUAAUAACCCUAACCAACUGCUUUUGACUGAUCUUAAAAAUUAUGAUCCAACCACUAACCACUGGCAAUUGCCCGAAAGCGUGGAAGAAUUAGAAAAAUUAGCGGUUAAAUUGGAAAUGGAAAAAUUAGCCGGUGCUAGCAAUAUUAACCAAGCGGAAAUAGAUGCUAAGCAAACUGAGUUAGAAAGCAAAGAAACUGAAUUAGAUGCCCUUUUCAAAACGGCUAUUACUAACCAAAGAGCCGAAUUAGGAAAAAUAGUUCCCAUUUUAGCUAACGGUAAAGCCUUUAAUAAAGUUUCCGAUAGCGAAGAUUAUCGCAAAACCUUAACCGAACUAGACCGAGUGGAGAAAUUUUUACUAAGCAUCCGCUAUUUAGAAAAUAAUGGUGAUUGUUCAGCCCUAAGUUCCAUCGCCGAUGAAAAUACCGCUCUCACUAAUAUUGAAACUAUUAAAGCCAGUUUGGGUGCCGGACAAACUGGAACUAAAUUCGAAAUCGAUACCGCUCACGGAAUUAGUGUUUUAAAAACGGAGGAAGAAGCAAUUUUAACCGCCCUUAAAAAGGAACUGGGCGAAAAUCCUGACUCACCAGAUAUUCCCGAAAAAUUAUCCGACUGGCAAACUACUUUAAAAGCA